AUAUUUUAUACCAACUUCGUACCUCUCCACUAUGUUCAGCCUAUUCGAAAAUCCUUCGCAUUCAAACCCUCGAAGAGCCAGUGACCAGACCAGCAACAAAGAGAACGAAGACCAGACCAAUCUGGUCAACGGGGCCAACAGCACAUCCUCCAGUCAGAGGAACAGAAAGAAAAGACUGAAGUAAUAGGAAGAAAACUGAGUUUAAGAGGAGCCCAUUGAUCGGCCCUGAAUUCGAAGGCCUCAGUGUUAGUGACAGCUGGGCAAAUAAGAGAGUCUUUUCAUCAGGAAAAAGAUCCAAAGGAUCUGUACAGUCACGAGUUGAGCUAAGGAAGGCAAUAAUCGAAGCAUAUGAGUUUCUUAAUCAGCCUGAUGAGGAGUACCAGCCCCCGGAUAGCAAUGUUUUUAACCUCACUAAUCAGAAAUAUGAUGCCUAUGAAUUGGAAAAGAAGAAGCAAGAUCUGCCUAGAAUGGAAACAGUUGAGGAAUUUGUGAAGAAACGAAUUGAUGGAUGCCUUUCUAAUAAGAAAAUUGAUAAUAAUACAUUUUAUUCCAGGAAUUUAAAUUCAAGACAGGAAAUGAUUAAUUGAGAAGGAAAGGUAUCCCAAAUACCUACAAGUCACUUCGAUACUGUGAAGUUAGGACUCGAAAAUCUUCCAAAAUUGCCAAAAUUUCAAUAUACAGAAGCAUCUUGUGGAUGAUUUCCUUCUGAAACUAAACGUGGUCAAGACCUUAUAGAGCGAGAUACAGAAUAUGUUAUUGCUACCAAUUACAGCAAGGAAAGAAAUGGAAUAAAUAGUAUUGUACAAAAGAGCUCUCCUGAGACUCCUUCAGAAGAGUGUAUCCCAGAGGAGGAGAAUGCUCGAGAUACAUCUUGAUAUGCAUUUCCAAGAGUCAGAUCUAUCUCUACUAAUAAGCGUGUAGAAAGAGAAAACAAUAGCUCUUGUGGUCCGAAAGUAAAUUUUGACUCUAAAUGAAUAAAUAAAAACAAACCUUAUAAGCAGUCUAUAUAUAAAUGCUCUGCUACGAGUAAAAGUCAUGGAGUCUCAAGCUCUAAGAUUUCGGCUGUAAAAUCAGUGAUUUCUAGUAAUUUUUGCCAACCGAAAAUCCGUAAUGGUUUUUGCACUUCAAUUAAGAAGAAGCUAUCAAUUAUGAAAGAGAAUCGAAAAUUGGCUUAUAACAGUUUGGUUAACACUUCAAAACAAAUGAAAGUAAUUGGAUCAACUAAGAGAACAUCCAAAGCUUCUAUGUCAUCAAUUAAAUAUCUCUCUAGCUCGAAUAUUUCUGGAUCAUUUAUCCAAUGCGAUAAGAGUAAAAUUAAGUUUUGAAGUUAUACAAAUUCUGUGAAAAAUAUUUCCCAAGUAGGUCGAAAGUCUAAAAGGCCUGUGAUAAUAAAGAGAAGUAUUCCGAUACAUAAUUCAUCAUAUUCCUGCUCCAGAUCAAAGUUGUUCUCCUAUAAAUCUGAUGGUGGAAAAUCUAAGAAGGAAAUUAUCUCUGCUUGUAAUGAGCAAGAUGGAGCAUACAUAAGGCCAGUAAAAGGAGGCAACGAAUCUUUUAUUAAAUAUUUGAAAAAGACUGAUAAAUAA